CAUAACCACACCACCACCACCACCACCGCCGCCGCCGCUGCCGUCGCGCAGGACAUGAGCUCCGGUCCACCUGAUGACCUCACCUGCCACAAUGACCGCGUCUCACCAUCGAAAACAUCGUACGACGCGCAAAACAGAGACACGAACCACGACGUCGGUGCUCAUGAGCGUAAAACUGAAACCAAACUAAACAGCGACGCGGAAAAGAAAAAAGAUCCACAGAUCGCGCAAACCGAUCAGCGACCGCAAAUCUACCCGUGGAUGAACAAACUACAGACGAGCCACGAAUCUGAUGGAAAACGUGCAAGGACAAAUUACACCCGCUACCAAACACUGGAGCUGGAGAAGGAAUUUCACUACAGUCGGUACUUAUCCAGGCGAAGAAGAGUCGAGAUCGCAAACACACUGUGUCUGAAUGAGAAACAGAUCAAAAUCUGGUUUCAGAACCGCAGGAUGAAGUGGAAGAAAGACACAAAGGUCCCGAAUUAAACAUCAGUACUUAAAUGUUAUUUACACUUUAGAUAAUAAUACAUAUAUAAUGCUUUAGCGUGGUACUGUCCAAAAUAAUAAUAAUCCUAAAAACUUCUGCCCCUGAUUUCCAUUUCCAUUUCGUCUUUGAGUGUCUGCCAAAACAAUGGUGCUAACAGAGCUAAGUCUCUCCAGGAUAGAAAGCAGGAACAGUCUAUAACACAAUAAGCAUAUUGUGACCCUAAUAUCACAAUAUAACAUUUAAUUAAUUUUCAAAACAUGCCUAAAUGUGGCCAUGUGAGAUUAUACAGUGUUAAAUAUUGAAUUUAAAAAUGUAUUGCUUUUAUCACUCAUGCUGAAGUUCUAGCACUGUAUUAGAGAAGAGAGUUCUAUAUGAUAUAUUUAUAUAAAAUUCAUCUAUGAUUUGUAUUUACUGACCAUUUAACUUUAUGUUUAGGUUCCAAUUCUGAUUUGUGGAAGUCUUUGACUAAGUAAUGUAGAUUCUGUACUUUGUGUUUAAAUGUUACAACCUUACCAACUAAAUAACUGAAUCCAGAGUGCUUGAAUAAUUGGAAAUUUAUUAAAAAUGCUUUUUGCACUUUCAUGUGUGUAGCUGAAAGCUGAAAACCACGCUGUGAUUGUUAAAACUGUAUUAAA